CCUCCUUCCGCUUCCCUGCAAAAAAAAAAAAAAAAAAAAAUGCGGAAAUAUCACUGGAUGAGUCACGAGCAAAGAUUUUAGAAAAAAAAAAAAAAAAGUGAAAUUUCCUUCAGCCACAUUUCGCCGAUUUCAAAACAAGACCAUAUGAUUUUCUAACAGAUAAGUUAGAAUUUAGUACUUAGUGGGGUCUGGCGUACAGGCAGGAGUAUUAAGGAGAACCAAGUAAUAGGAAAGAAUUGUGAGUAGAAGCGGCAACAGUGUAGGGAGCGGCAGGGUGAGGGAGACGUGACAACGGCGUCUCGAUGUAAACAUGUCCUCGGUGGCGGCAGACGACGCAGGGGAAGCUGACCCCCUCAAUAAUACCAAAAAUGCCGAGCCUUCCCGUACCUGUAAGAUUGUCAUCGUGGGGGCGGGCGUGGCGGGCCUGUCUGCCGCCAACCACCUCCUCAAGAACAACAUCACGGACUUCAUUAUGCUGGAGGGGAGAAACAGAGUCGGCGGGAGAAUUAUCGCCAUAAACAUUGAUGGCCGAAGAAUGGAGCUAGGUGCCAAUUGGAUACAUGGGAUCCUUGGUAAUCCAAUCUAUGAACUGGCCUCUGCUCAUGGCCUUGUUGACAUCAUCCAGGAGAACAAGCCUCACAGCGUGGUGGGCACACUUCCGGAUGGCAGGCGGGUUCCCUUCCAUAUCCUGCAGGAGAUCUAUGAUGCUUAUUUUUGGUUCUUUCGACGCUGUGAGGAAUACUUUCUGUGCAAGUACCUGCCUCCUGAUGGUGUGGAGAGUGUUGGAGCACACCUGCGACUGGAGAUCUCCAUCUACCUAGAGCAGUUUACAGAGCCAGAGCGACACAUCAGGAACCUUAUCUUCAACUACCUCCUUAACCGUGAGACUUGCAUCAGUGGCUGUAACACCAUGGAUGAAAUUGAUUUGAUGGAAAUUGGUAGCUACACAGAGCUGCCAGGUGGCAAUAUAGUAUUGCCAGGGGGCUACAGCAGCAUCCUGGGACCCCUCACAAAGAAUAUUCCAGAUUCACAGUUGCUUAAAGGCCAUGCUGUGAGCUGCAUCAGGUGGAGGGCUGGUCUGGAGAGUUGCAGCACCACAGACUCAGGCCUUGGAGAGGACCUGGCUGCCAAGCUUCCAACCACAACAGACAACAAUCAUUUGCCAGAUUGCCGUAGUGGCACCACCUCCCUCUCCACUUCUCCCUCCAGGAAGAUGCGUCCCAAGGUGGAGGUGGUAUGCAAGAAUGGCAAAAGAUUCCUGGCCGACCAUGUGAUCUGCACAGUGCCCCUUGGGGUGCUGAAGGAGACUGGCAGGACCAUGUUUGACCCACCUCUGCCUGACUAUAAGAUGGACUCUAUUGACCGGCUGUGCUUUGGUGUGGUGAACAAGAUAUACCUUGAGUAUGAGCGGCCAUUCCUAAACCCUGGCCUGUCUGAGGUGCUGUGUCUGUGGGACCCAAUAGACCCCAAGGAACCUGUGAGUGAGCGUUGGUUCAAGAAAAUCUACUCCUUCACCAAGGUGUCAGAAACGCUGCUGCUGGCCUGGAUCUCUGGGGAUGAGGCCAAGUACAUGGAAACGCUACCUUUUGAUGCAGUCUCUGAAAAAUGCACCGAGAUCCUCCGCAUGUUCCUCAAUGAUCCCUUCAUACCAAAACCCAAACGCUGUAUCAACACCACCUGGUGGUCACAGCCCUUCACCCGAGGUUCCUACACUGCCAUUGGCAUUGGGGCCUCACAGGUGGACAUAACCAACAUCUCUCACCCCCUGUACAUGCAGCCCACCUGUAGUAAGCCAGCAGUCCUGUUUGCUGGUGAGCACUGCCACCCCAGCUUUUACUCCACUGUGCAUGGAGCAUACCUAUCAGGGCGGGAGGCUGCCCAGGUGCUGUGUGUACCGGACACCCCACCAGAAGUAGUGUUGGACGUGGAGGGCACUGCUGAUCUCUCAUCCUGGUUGGAGGGCAUCAAGCUGAACUAAGACUUUUUCAGUGGGGCAUAAAGGUUGGUAGUGAUGCUUUGUGUCUGCAAAGUUUGGAAGUGAUGCUUAUUUGUACAGAAAGGUUGUCAGACACUGAGGCUUAGCAGGUUGGUAGUGAUGCUUCAUAUCUACAAAAGGUUGGUAGUGCUGGCUUUCAGUGGAAGGUCAGUCAUACAUAACUGAAUGGUUGGCAGUGUUUUUCUACCUGGAUGUCGGCCUCUAAACUCCUUCACAUGUCUGUCUUUUCAUCACCUUACAUUUUUGUGUCGAUUUGGCAUAGAAAAUAUUACCAACCUAUGAACAUGGAUUAUUCCCCAUGUGUCAGUUUUGAAAAUGACAAGUGUAUAAAUUGUAAGAAUGUAAUUGUGUACAUAAGCAACUUAAUACUUACAAUAAUUACUACUUGAACAUGUGUACCAAUUUUAUCAUAUAAGUUAUUUAUUUUGUAUACUGGAUAGGAAAGAAAAAUUCAUGCCAGAUGUGGAUCAUACUGGCAAAGAAAAUCCAGUGUUAUGUAAGAAAUAAGAUCGUGAUAUGAUUUUAAUUAUUGCUCAAUGAAUUUUAUAAGAGAUCCUGGGUGAUCAUUAGAGAUAUUUAAAGUUCAACUUACAGUAUUUAUUUCACUUGAUGGUUGAGAUGAGUGAAAUGGUGAAGAGAAUAGAUUGUGGAGUGAUGGAAUCGGUACAGUGUGGCACAUUGAGGUGGUUUGUUCAGUUUGUACAUAUAAAGGUAACAAGAAUGCCUUUGUGAAGAGUGUAUACAUAAGCAGUACUAAAGAGGACACUAUGAGAGGGAAGCCACCAGUAAAAUUAAUAGAAUGUGCAAGUAUUGGAGGGAGAGAGGCUUUGACCUUUCAGCAAGAGAAUGAAGGAACAAGGAGAGAUUUUCUUUGUAGCCGUUUCCCUAAGGGAAGCACUCAGAGAGACAAGGCAGUGGAGACAUAGAUUGAGUUGAGUGAAGUAUUAGGAAAGUACUAAAGUUUCUUUUCAUGAAGUGAAGUUUUCUCUGAACAAAAUUUUUUGUUAUAUAAACUAUCUACCUGUUAUUUAACUUCAUAUUUUAUUUGUUGAUUAGUCUAUGCUGACCAAUCACUCUGAAACCAAUGAAUGUCUACAGUGUUCUUUCUUAGUUAAAUGAUAAGUUUUUAACAUAAAAUUGAAGUGCAAUGAAUAGAGUAUUGACACGUGGAAUCCAUUGUUCUUUUGUUGACUGCCUUCCAUAUUCUGAAGAUGCACUGAAGGCAAGACAUUGAUUAGUCAUAGAAAGUCUUACACCAUAGUCAUGCAGUCUUUUAAUAAUAAUGUGGGAGUUGAUGAAUGGGGGUAUGGCAGGCUGAGGUCCAAUGCAGCUUGUGUCCCAGAUUAGUGGCAGGAACUGAGAACACCAUUGCUGUGGUUAAGGUCACUAUUGCCUCCAGUGGUGUUAUGUUUUGUCACCAUCUGUGUUACAUCUAUCAAAAGAAAAAAAAAAAAAAAGUAAUUGCCAUCAAAUGUAGAGAUUUGACCUUAUCAGUUUUAGGUCUUUAUCAUUACAAGGUGAAUGUUACAAUGAAAUAUAAUGAAAUAUAUACUGAACACUAGUAAGGUUUGUUAUAAGUGCCUGUAUUGAAAUAAGGCUCUGCAAGCCAUGUGAUGGUAGCAAAUAUUAAAGUUCUUAAAAAAAAUGGGUGCAUGGGCACAAAAGUUAGGCAAAUUCAGUAAUUUUGAAUAAACAUCAAACAAACAACUUCAGACAACUAAGCAAAUAUCUCUAUGUAUGACAUGGCAGAGCAAAUAUGUAAUGAGUAAGAUGAAGUGAUAUUCUUGUGACAGAAAGGAUUCAUCAAAUACUUAAUCAUCAACACACUUUUGGAAAGGUUAGAAGGACUAGACCCUCACUGAGCCUAGUGAAUGUUGAGGUUCUUGCUUAUCAUGGUUGGAAAUGCAGUAAAAAAAUUUUCCAUGCAUUGCAAAAAGACUCCUACUCUCUUCCUCUAGUCUUUAGUACAGGUAUCGAUGAGUGAAAUUUGGGUUGUAUUUGUGAGACUACAAUUAUGCUGCCUGUUGUACUCUUCACUGGUGACCUUAUUCCCUUGCAGCAUGUGUAGUGUGGUUUGAUGUGCAGGAGUUCCUUUUAGAUAGAUUCACCUUGAAAUAUUCAUCAAAUGUAACACGGUAUUUUUUACAUUCCAUCAUUCAGCAUCAGUGCUAAGAAGGGGCACAUGAAUUUUUGUUUUGACCAUAGCAAGGGAUUGAUGCCACGAGUAAUGAAGUCAAAGCAUAUACAUCUGUGUCUUACUUGGGCUCUAUAUUCUCAACACCCAACUCAGUGAACCAUUCAGCUGUGUGAUCCUCCUCUAGUCGGGUUCAUCAAACUUUACAAUACUUAACACAUACUGAAGCUUUCUGGACAGUGUUUUAAAGUAACCUGCUUGUAAAUAUGCUUGCAUUAGAUUUUUUUUACAUUAAUGGGGUGCCUGCCAGCUCUCUUGCCAUACACACACACACACACACACACACACACACACACACACACACACACACACACACACACACACACACACACACACACACACACACACACACACA